UAGACAGACAGACAGACUAAACAGCAGACGAUUUGGACAUGUCCACUUCAGAGGAAGAUUGUCCUGUAUGCAGGGAAAACAUACAGAAUCCUUCUCAACCAUCUUCAUGCUGUGGAAAAGUAAUUUGCCAGCGAUGCCUCAGUCAGUCUUUUCGAUACAGGGCUCAUUGUCCACACUGCAGAAGCUCAGUAGGCAACCGUGAUUAUGCAAAUAAUCCAUUCCUACCUCCUGGUAGGAGGAGGCAUCUGCACCCAAUCCUGCCAGGGGAUUUUAAUUCAAGAAGACCUGUUGGUGCAAACAUACAUACCCUCUUCGGCCAACUUCGAGAUUCACUGGGACAACAGGCAGACACUGCUGCUCAAGCCAGUCCACCCAAUCAGGCUGCAGUGCCACCCACCCCACAGAAUCAAGCCCCUUCCCCUUUAAUUUCCUCUGCACGGCCCGUUCCUAUGCCUCGGAUCAGAGCUCCACUUGCAAAUGUAAUUGCUGCCCCACAACUUGCACCCAUUACUGUUGCCCCAAGUGGUCUUAUCCAAGUCCUCCUGCCACCUGCCCCAGCUCCACUGCCGCUAAACCCCGCCCCAUCCCAGGAUAAUGUGCAGGCUGCAAUGGAUGAAUGGCCAUGGCAAACGGAGAUCACUCUAAUGGAGAUUAAUCCACAACCACAGGGUUUAACUGUGAGGACUUUUGUGUGUCCGUACUGCCAGGAGAAUGGACUGGAUGAACUUGAUCUACGUGAUCACUGCAAUGAACAUCAUGCCAAUGACAGCAAACGAGUGGUGUGUCCAGUGUGUGUGCAGACGCCCCAUGGUGAUCCACAGUACUACAGCCGCAACUUCAUUGGCCACCUCAACCUGCGCCACUGCUACUACCUGGACGAUAUAACUAAUCUCAACCAGACUGAUGAGAUGAACAUUCAGUGUGCAAUUCUAGCAUCAUAUAGGGACAGUUUUUAAACCUCAUUUUCAAAAAGAUGACAGCACAGUUCUCAGGUGUUUUUCUGGACAACAUGUUAAAAAAUGCUUGGGAAGAAGAUUCUGAACCACAAGGACAUAAACUAUUGAGAAAUCAGUCAAAGAAAUUGUAUAUUGAGGAUGCUAUAUUGAUGUAUUUGACCAAUGUUAUGUAAAAAUAUAAUAUGUGUAUAUGUUGGAUUUUUUUUUUUGAUUGAAAUGAUUUUAGAGCAACAGAAAAUGCUUGAUUAUCUGAUUAUGAGAUAGUUUAAGAGGUAAUGCAUUUUCAUAUGCUAUCUGAUGCAUCUCAGGUAUUGAUCAUGCCUUUAAAAUUACUAGUAAUGGUUUAUCUGCCAAAAACUUUUUGUACAAUUGAACUCUUCUUGCACUUUCUUUUCAGAUAAAAUAUUUAUUGCAUGUACUGUACACUUAUGUUUGUGAUAUUGUUCGUGGGAUUUACUUCGUGGGGAAAAUGUUUGAAUGAAGGGGUCAAGUGACAUCAGGCUCUGUAAAUCUAUUUAUGCUGCAACCCCAUGUAAAAAAAAAAAAAUGCAAUAAAAGUUUGAAUACAAUAAUCUACUGUGAAAAAGCUCAUUUUUCAUCAGAGACUGCAGAAAAUGUGUGCAAUUAAAGAAAUAGUUUACUCAACUAUGAACAUUUACUGAAAAUUGACUCACCCUA